CAAAUGGCGGACGACGCCGGUGCAGCGGCAGCCCCGGCCGCGGCGGCGGCGGCAGCAGCGGCGGCGGCAGCAGCAGCAGCGGCGCGAGGCGGCUUCCGGGGCGGCUUCGGCAGCGGCCUCCGGGGGCGCGGGCGGGGCCGCGGCAGGGGACGGGGCCGGGGGCGCGGGGCCCGGGGCAAAGCGGAGGAGAAGGAAUGGAUUCCUGUCACCAAGCUCGGCCGCCUGGUCAAGGAUAUGAAAAUCAAGUCUCUUGAAGAGAUUUAUCUCUUCUCCCUUCCAAUCAAGGAGUCGGAAAUCAUCGACUUCUUCCUGGGAUCUUCCCUGAAGGAUGAGGUGCUGAAGAUCAUGCCUGUCCAGAAACAGACCCGGGCUGGUCAGCGUACCAGGUUCAAGGCUUUUGUUGCUAUUGGUGACUACAAUGGGCAUGUUGGUCUUGGUGUCAAGUGCUCCAAGGAAGUUGCCACCGCUAUUCGCGGAGCAAUCAUCCUGGCUAAGCUAUCCAUCGUACCAGUGCGACGAGGCUAUUGGGGUAACAAGAUCGGCAAGCCCCAUACUGUACCCUGCAAGGUGACAGGCCGUUGUGGGUCUGUGUUGGUGCGUCUGAUCCCAGCACCCCGUGGGACAGGGAUUGUAUCGGCCCCAGUUCCCAAGAAGCUGCUGAUGAUGGCUGGGAUUGAUGACUGCUACACCUCAGCCAGGGGCUGUACUGCCACGUUGGGCAACUUUGCUAAGGCCACCUUUGAUGCCAUCUCCAAGACUUACAGUUAUCUAACCCCUGACCUCUGGAAGGAGACUGUGUUCACCAAGUCUCCUUAUCAGGAGUUCACUGAUCAUCUUGCCAAGACCCACACCAGGGUCUCAGUGCAGAGAACCCAGGCAGCUGCUGUGGCAACAACUUAACAUGUUUUUGUACAAGAAAAUAAAGUGAAAAGUGAACCAGA